UUUGCAAUUAUUGACAAAUCCACAAACCCUAACUAAGAUUUGUAUAUAAAUAUGUAAGAAGAAUUAUCCCACAUUAUACUAAAAGGAAACAUCAAAGAAAAUUCAGCAACCUAAGUAUUUCCCCCCCUUUUUGUCUCUGGUUUUGCACUCAUUUUUUGCUAAGAACAGAGAAAAAGAAAAGAAGAAGAGUAGAGCUGGAAAAUCGCCAUAAGUUUUAUCAACUAGCAUUUAUAUAUGUUUAAUCAAUCAAUCAACUAUGCUUCAAUCCGAAACUAGUUGAAUUUGCUGGUAAUGGGUGCUACUAGAGGAGUGUGAUCUACUGUUUCGGUUGUGUUCAACGACUUGACUGUUCUUGAUUGAUAUCGAUUCAAGAUGAAAAAAAAAGCUAAAGCUUUUACUGAUUCUGGUAUCAUGCCAGUUUCCGGGAACGAAGAGCCAGGAGUUGUUGCCCGGCAGUCUAGUAACUCUUGGUCUGUUCUUCCUAUUAAGAAGAGGUACUCUAUGCUCAAUGGUCGUGCACCUCUCCAUCCUGAUCGCUCAUUUUCUAAUGAAAAUGAAUCCAAGACCAAAGAUUCUGGCUUGAAUUCUUGUGAUAGUAUAGGUAAAUCUGAUACUCCCAAUAACUCUCUUCUAGAGGUAAAAGAAGAAAGACCUUUGGGUGCGAAAGUUGACUCUCAGCCUAUUAUGCUAUCAUUUUUAUCCAUAUAUCCGGAAGCAAAUCCUAAUACUAGUUCCUCUCCUUCAAGAAAUGUUGAUGAUCUAGUGAAACCAGCAUUGGCCGAAAAAUUUGCUGGCCGGGAAGCUAUAGGUACGACAAAAGUUUCUGUCAAGAAGGAAGUUGUUGCCAAACAAGGGGAAAGCCACAGUAAACUUGAACUUCCUGCCGAUUCAGGGGACAUGGAAUUGUCAUUAGGCCCAAAGAAACCUCAUGUUUCUUCUUUGGUUGAUCCAAAUACUAAGGAGAGUUUUCUAAUGCGUGGAACUGUAAAUCCUUUGUUGCUUUCUCAGGAAGGAAGUUGCAAGAAUGCUGAUGAUACUUUACGAGGGUUUGACUCCUCAGUACUGCAGUCAUUGGCUAAAGUAGACUCCAGCAGGGUUAGUCCAAACUCGAGUUUGCUGGAAAAUCUGGCAUUGAAUAGAAACUUGAAUUCCCCUACUUGUAAAACUGUUAAGUCAGAACUUGUUGUAGAAACCUUGGUACAAGCUAAUGCUGGAACUGCUGCUCGUCCAGGUAGAACACUCGAGGCUAAUGUUGUAAAAACUGGGAGUGUGAGGCAGAAUCUGCAGUCUAUUGAAUUGUUAGCUAAGGGCCCUCCGGAAAUACUUGAGCAAAAACCAAUGAAUUGUGAACCACUCCAGGAAGUUAGCCUGGAAAUAUCCAUGAUAUCAGAUGUGAUUGCGACCCAAACAGUUGGAAGGAUUUUGCAGCUUCAGGAGAGUUCUUCUUCUUCUUCUACACUGCCAAUGCCUUUGACCCCUCAACAGGGAUGCACUUCUAGAUUGUCUACCUGUUCAGAUUUGUCUGUGAGUGGUGGGGACUUGUCGACUCCAUCUGAGUACUCUGAUCAUACUAAUGAAGCUAAUAGGAGUAAAAAUGCUCUAGAUCAGGCAAAUGCUGAUAUUGCUGCUAAAAAUGCAAACUUUGACCUUAAAGAACUAAAUGUAUCCAGUGAUAAAGUGGAGGCAUCUGUUUCGGCAGGCAUGAAUAUUGAAGAUCACAUGGUAUACAAAAAGACACAAGACCCACAUAAUUUGGUUGCAAGUGGUGAGGGGUCGGCAAAUGAUGAGGAUAAGAUAUCAGCUGGUACAGAAGAAGAAUGUUAUGGUUCUGAUUAUGAAUCUGAUGGUCAUCAUGCUUUUGCGGGACAUGUUGACUCUGAGAGUGUGGGGUGUGUCAUAGAGGAUGAGGAAUAUGAAGACGGGGAGGUCCGAGAACCAAUGAUGCAGUCAAUUGCAGAAGAUCCAAUUGCUGAGGGGAUGGAUUCAGAAAAAAAUAAUGAAUAUUCAAGUAAAAAUGCUCAAUCUUCUUCUGGCUUUUCUGGGGUUGGGGAAUCUCACUGCUUCACUAAUGUUGAAAAAGGUUACAGUAUGCCAGUUCAUACUGAGUCUAAUGAUGACUUUGUGAAAAGCUGUGAUGACAAAGCUGACAAAAUUGAUCACAAAGACAUUAAUAUACAAAGUCCAUUAUUAGAUAAAGAGGAAACGACUGGAGAUGAUGAGCAGAGGCUUAUUGGCGCUAUUUACCAAGGAUCAGUUGAUCGAUCAGGAAUAGCAGAUGUUCAGGAGGGAUGUGAAAAGGAUGUCUUGUGUGUCGGACCAUCUGCUGGGAGCAGAGGAGCUGGCAGGAAUGUUGGUGGGGCUAAUAACGAGUAUAUUGGAAGAUCUGAUAUGUCACCAACAGCCCUUUCAUCUUUGCAAAAUGCUGAAACACCUGUUAAUGCUACCUAUAGUAAAGAUUUUUCAAAUUUUGGAAGCAAGAGCCGGAUCAUCAGUUUACCUCGUGCAUCCGAUGUGACAUUUUGUAGUAAUUUCAGACCUGUAACAGAUAGGUCUCUGUCUUCAAUAAGUGGAAGAGAGAGGUAUUCUGAUAUGGAGGAGGAGAAACUCCAUCUACGGAGGAAUAGAGAUGAAAUCUAUGGUUAUGGCUCUAAAUUUGUGCGAUAUAGGUUUCAGGACCAUUCAUUUGGUAGCUCAAGGGGGAACGUCUUGCGUGGAACAGGGAGGGGCUCUGGCCGGUUUGACAGAUUACGUAGAGAUUGGGAUUCUGGGCGUGAUUUUGAAAGCUGUGGAGUUGUAGCUGAUUAUCGCUUUAGACAUAAACGUACAGCUGCUGUUGGGGAAUCUGAAAAUGAACGUAAUGACUAUAUUAGUAGACUAGAUGGUGCUGCCUUUGCUAGUAAUAGGAGGAAGCCACUAAAUGAUACCUUGCCUUCAUUUCGGCAUCAACCUGCACGUCGACUGUCCCCCAAUGGAAGAGAUGAUACUGCAAUGAUGGGCAUUCAAAUGCUUCGUAGAGCUCCCAGGAAUAUCAGCCCAAGUAGAUGCACUGGUGAAGAUGGCUCUGCAUAUGUUGCUCUUCGGCAUAGCGAGAAGUUUAAUAGAGACUUUCCAGCUGAUAUUAGUGAUCCUGUUUAUAGUCACCAGCAAUCUAUGUACGAUGGACCUGAUGGUCAUUUUGUUCAGGGUAAUACAAAGUUUACUGCGAUGCAGAGAAGAGGUUUCCCUCGAAUGCGAUCUAAAUCUCCUGUUAGAUACCGUAAUUGGUCCUCUCCUCGAAGGAGAUUGACGGAAGGAUUCAAUGGUCAUCAAGAUUUAUCUCAGCACAGGUCUCCGGUUAUGUACAGAGAAGAUAGAAGGAGGUCUUCUCCACGAACUUCUUUUACUGAAGUAGUAAUAUCUCCUCAAAGGCGUGACUCUCCAUCUUAUACUGCUCGUCGUCUGAAUGAUAUGAGGGAUGUGAAUUCUGUACAGGAGCACAGGCAUCCGAGGUCUCUUUCUAGCAGAAGAAGUCCACCUGAUCGGGUAGUUACUAGUACCAAUAGGAGAGUUGAGAUUUUAGAUCAUCGGGAGAGGACUGAUGGUAAUGGGUACUUUGAUGGGCCGAUACACACUGGUAGAUUUCCUGAGCUUCACAGUGGUGAAAAUACCAAUGAAAGAAGGAAGUAUGGCGAGAGGCAAGGGGGACCUAGGAAAAUGAGAAAUGUUGAAGAGCAAGAAGGUGGUAAUUUUAGACAGUGAACAACUUUGGCAUGAAGACGAAUUUGAUGUCUCCAGAUUCAAGAAAAGAAGAUAUUGACUUGAUAGCUCACUGAACCUGUAAUAUGCAGUUGCCAUGGGAAACACUAUUUCUUCUUGUUCCUGAAAGAGAAUUCUUGUGCCUUGCAGACAGAGACGGGUAACAGUAACAUCCUCUUGUAUUAUAGAAGUAAGACAGACGUCUGAAUGCAUCUAGAUGAAUGAUAAUUGUUGAAGAGAAAGAACGUGACUCUAGACACAGUGGGUAUCUCCUUAACGAAGAGCAGUUUUUGACUUAAUACCUCAUCAAACCUUGAAACUAUGGGGAAAUAUGCAUCUAUACAUGUUUUUGCUUCAAUCUUGCUGCAAGUAGGUUGUCCAAGAAACGCUCUUCUUACCAUUGCUAUCUGCAAUUUGUUGUUCCAGAAGGAGAAAAGAACUAAUUUUUAGAUGCUCUACUAUGCUUGGCAUGAAUACUGGUAGUUUAUGUUGCUAAUGUGCAUGCUGGUUUUGAGUAUUGUUUAUGAGGCCUUAAACGCAGUUUUUUGCCGCCCGUAACAUA